GGUAUUUGUAACUCGGGACAACCACUGAGUCAAUCUUCAUUCCUGUUAAUGUUAUGAUUAGUUUUGGUCUCUAUAUUUUUAACUUUUAAAGCUUUCGUUUACACAUAUAAUCCACCAUGCCUCCGAAGAAGAAGAAGAGUGGGAAGAAGGGGAAGAAAGGUAAAAAGUCCGGAAAGGCGAAAACCCCAACAGUUAUUGAUGGAAUCUCAACGGAGGAGAUGUCCAAAGAACAGUUGGAGGAGCACAUCAUGCGGUUACGAGAUGAGCUUGACCGUGAGCGAGAGGAGAGGAACUACUUCCAGCUGGAGCGAGACAAAGUGAAUACAUUCUGGGAAAUCACCAAACGCCAGCUCGAGGAGAAGAAAGCAGAACUGAGAAAUAAAGAUCGGGAGAUGGAGGAUGCGGAAGAAAGACAUCAAGUUGAGAUUAAGGUGUACAAACAAAAAGUGAAGCAUCUCCUAUAUGAACAUCAAAACAACAUCGCAGAGCUGAAGGCGGAGGGUACAGUGUCGAUCAAACUGGCGCAGGACGGACACCAGAAUGACGAGAUGGAGCUCAGGAAGGACAAGCGAGCGCUCAAAGUCGAACUCAAAGAGCUCGAGUUGGCGCACGAAGACGUCAUUAAGAAUCUCAAAAAGACAAAUGAUGAACAGAUCACCGAGCUGAGACAAGACUUUGAGCGACAGGCACGUGAGAUCGAGGCCAAGUACGAGAAGAAGAUGCGGACUCUGCGUGAUGAACUCGACCUGCGCCGCAAGACUGAGAUCCACGAGAUCGAGGAACGCAAGAACGGACAGAUCAACACGCUGAUGAAGAACCACGAGAAGGCGUUCAGCGACAUCAAGAAUUACUACAACGAUAUCACAUUGAAUAACCUCGCACUCAUCAAUACACUGAAGGAACAAGUCGAGGAGAUGAAGAAGAAAGAAGAGCGAAUGGAGAAACAGAUGGCCGAAGUGAUUGCAGAAAACAAGAGAUUGACAGAACCCUUGCAGAGAGCGCGCGAGGAGGUGGAAGAGCUCCGCAAACAGCUGGCCAAUUACAACAAAGACAAAGAAACACUGAGGAUGACGAAAGCCAGGUUACGAGUUAUGGAGAAAGAUUUCAAAGCGCUCAAGUGGGAGCAUGAAGUUUUGGAGCAGCGAUUCCAGAAGACAGAGGAGGAGCGUGACGAGCUGUACAGUAAGUUUGUGAAGGCCAUUCACGAGGUGCAGCAGAAGAGCAGCUUUAAGAACCUGCUGCUGGAGAAGAAACUGAACGCCCUCGUCGACACACUCGAGAAGAAAGAGGCACAACUCAAUGAAGUCCUGUCUGCUUCCAACCUUGACCCCACCGCUCUCACGGUCGUCACGCGCAAACUCGAGGAUGUUCUGGAUUCCAAAAACAGUGCAAUCAAAGAUUUACAGUACGAACUUGCUAGAGUUUGUAAGGCCCAUAAUGAUCUGCUGAGGACGUACGAGGCCAAGUUACACGUGUUUGGAAUUCCAACGGAAGAGCUCGGCUUUAAGCCACUGGAAUCGACCGUCGGAGGACAGACGCUCGGACAAGGGGUGGCCGGUUUAGUUUCUGCACCAACAUAAAGACUGGAAGUAUCGGCCAGCCAAAUAUGAACAUUUCAUAAGAGUAUUAAAUACAGCCACGGUUAUGAGAAACGAUGACGUCCUAGAUGUGAAUUGUGUUCCGUCCAGGUGUACUGAAGGCAAAUAGACGUUGGUCAGGUUGCAUACAUACAUUCCGUCCAUGUAGUGUUUUCAAUAAUUUUAACCCUUUGGAGAAUUUUUUUUUUUUUUAAUAUAUAUAUGUAAAAAGUUGAUUUUAUUAGCACUCUUUAAUUCAUCUUAUACAGAUGAUUUAAAUUUUUCAUGAUCCUUUUUGGUUUUAAUCUAUGGAAGCCAUGUAUUUUAAUGUAAUUUCUUUUUCAUAAAAGUUAAAACAUGGAACCAAUUUUGACCGAUUGCCCCUAUGCAACUACAUGUAUCAUCUAUUAAGCAGUGUUUGGCUUUUUAAUUUUCGUCAGUAUACAUAAUUGAUCAACUCUGGCAAGUACUGAGGGUGGUUUUAUGUGUGGGUUUUUUUAUAUCAUGGUUUGUUAAAGAUCAUCUCUUUUUAAAUAAACCAUCAUCUUCAGACCUCAGAAAGAAAUGUGUGUAUUGUUACUCCCAGCACAUUGCUAUUGUAAGAUAUUUCUGACUAAUUUAAUAACGAAAAUUAUAUAUUAAAAAACAUGAAGUUCGUAAUUGUAUGUACCUAUGUGGUUUAGACUUACAAAUGUGUAAUCAGUCUGUAAUAAUAAAAUUGUAAUACAAAAUGUCUUUAUUUUUCCUUCCUUUUUCAUAAAAGCCACUUAAAAAACUUUUAGAAUAAAUGUGGCAAACAUAAUAUUAUUAUGUCUGUAAAUAACAUGUAUUUAUUGCCAAAAUUGUGUAUACUAGUAAACUAUACUUAACUA